CUUUCUGUGACGCAACUCCACCGCGACAAAGACUCCCCUUCCGUAGCAGUGUUGCUUUGUUGACAUCAGGGACACAAACACUUUUUUGUUGAAAUGACGGAGCAGAAAGCAGAGAAUACCAGCUCUGUCCCCAUCGACGGGUUCAGCCAUUUAAGAAUCACCUCGAUAUGGACGUUCCUCAUGUCUGUGCAGUGGUCGGAGCCGUGGCUCGUCGGGCUGCUGGUGUUUCAUGUUGUGUGUGUGUGUGUGACUGUGGUCACCUGCAGCUACUACAGAGCUCAGAUAUGUCACUUUCUGCUCAUGGUUGGCCUGGUGUGUAGUGCUGAAUAUCUAAACGAGCUGGCAGCCAUGAACUGGAAGUCGUUUUCUAAUUUCCAGUACUUUGAUUCCAAGGGCAUGUUCAUAUCUUUGGUCUACUCUAUUCCUCUUCUGCUGAACACAGUCGUCAUUGUGAUGGUGUGGGUGUACAGGACCUUUUCAACUAUGACUGAGCUGAAGACGCUCCAGCUUAAGCGAAAGGCCCGCAGGGAGAAGAGAGAGAAGAAUGACUGAUCCCACUGCUUAUAUCCAAAAAUGGGCUUUAGUUGGAAGGAUUAAGAAUCAUUGUCUCUCUGCUAUGCUAAACCUGAAUUUAGAAGAAGGAAGGCAGAUUCUUUCUUGUGACUUUAAAAGGAUUGUUCGUUGAUGUCUGUGAGGACUGGGUGUCUGUUUCUUGUAACGGCUGUUGAAAGAUGCAGCUGAAUAUGUAAACUAUGAGAUUCAUGAGGACCAAAGGACAUUUACUGUUUUGUAUUUAAUGUUGUUUUAACAUGUGUUGCACAAAGAAAUAUAAAGUGUUUUCGAAUGA